UCUCUUUCUUUCUACAGAUGAUAUGGAAGCAAUUCCAGUCAAGCAGUUUGUUAAACACAUCAGUGAGCUGUAUUCUAAUAACCAGCACGGGUUCUCAGAAGACUUUGAGGAGGUGCAGCGCUGUACGGCCGACAUGAACAUCACUGCAGAGCAUUCCAACCACCCCGACAACAAGCACAAGAACAGAUACAUCAACAUCCUAGCCUAUGAUCACAGCAGGGUGAAGCUAAGGCCUUUACCAGGGAAAGAUUCUAAGCACAGUGACUACAUUAAUGCUAAUUAUGUCGAUGGUUACAACAAAGCAAAAGCCUACAUUGCUACCCAGGGACCUUUAAAGUCUACCUUUGAAGAUUUCUGGAGGAUGAUUUGGGAACAAAAUACUGGAAUCAUUGUCAUGAUCACAAACCUUGUUGAAAAAGGAAGAAGAAAAUGCGAUCAGUACUGGCCAUCAGAGAACAGCGAGGAGUAUGGCAACAUAAUCGUCACGCUGAAGAGCACAAACAUUCAUGCCUGCUACACUGUGCGCCGCUUCACAGUCAGGAACACAAAGAUGAAAAAGGGUCAGAAAGGAAACCCCAAAGGGCGGCAGAAUGAGAGAACGGUUAUUCAGUAUCACUACACUCAGUGGCCUGACAUGGGUGUGCCGGAGUACGCUCUGCCUGUGCUAACCUUCGUUAGGAGAUCCUCCGCAGCCAGAACCCCGGACAUGGGACCAGUGGUGGUGCACUGCAGUGCUGGUGUUGGCAGAACUGGUACCUACAUUGUGAUAGACAGUAUGCUGCAACAGAUAAAAGACAAAAGCACAGUUAAUGUCCUGGGUUUCCUGAAACAUAUCAGGACACAGCGCAACUACCUCGUCCAGACAGAGGAGCAGUACAUUUUUAUUCAUGAUGCCUUGUUGGAAGCCAUCCUUGGGAAGGAGACUGAAGUAUCUGCAAACCAGCUGCAUAGUUAUGUUAACAGCAUCCUCAUACCUGGCAUAGGAGGGAAGACACGACUAGAAAAACAGUUCAAGCUGGUUACACAGUGUAAUGCAAAAUACGUGGAAUGCUUCAGUGCUCAGAAAGACUGCAACAAAGAGAAAAACAGGAACUCAUCAGUCGUGCCGUCUGAGCGUGCUAGAGUGGGCUUGGCACCACUGCCUGGAAUGAAGGGAACAGAUUACAUUAAUGCUUCUUAUAUCAUGGGCUACUAUAGGAGUAACGAGUUCAUCAUAACCCAACAUCCACUGCCACAUACAACUAAAGAUUUCUGGCGAAUGAUCUGGGAUCACAAUGCACAGAUCAUCGUCAUGCUGCCGGACAACCAGAGCCUGGCAGAAGAUGAGUUUGUGUACUGGCCAAGUCGCGAGGAAUCCAUGAACUGUGAGGCCUUUACUGUGACCCUUAUCAGCAAAGACAGACUGUGCCUCUCUAACGAAGAGCAAAUUAUCAUCCAUGACUUUAUCCUUGAAGCUACCCAGGAUGACUACGUUCUGGAAGUCCGCCACUUUCAGUGUCCUAAAUGGCCAAACCCAGAUGCUCCCAUAAGCAGUACCUUUGAACUUAUCAAUGUAAUCAAGGAAGAAGCCUUAACAAGGGAUGGCCCCACCAUAGUUCACGAUGAGUAUGGAGCUGUGUCAGCAGGGACGCGUGUCAGCAGGAACGCUAUGUGCCCUUACCACUCUGUCCCAGCAGCUGGAGAACGAAAAUGCUGUCGAUGUUUUCCAGGUGGCAAAGAUGAUAAAUCUUAUGCGGCCUGGAGUAUUCACAGACAUUGAACAGUACCAGUUUCUUUAUAAGGCAAUGCUAAGCUUGGUCAGCACUAAGGAAAAUGGAAACGGUCCCAUGACACUGGACAAAAAUGGUGCUGUGAUGGCCAGUGACGAAUCUGAUCCCGCAGAAAGCAUGGAGUCUCUUGUCUAAUUGGAAACCUGAAAAGGCACUUAAUUUGUAGAACUUCUGAAGACUGAGUGAACUUUUUUGAGGCCUUUUUUGCCAGACUCUAGGUUAUACAAUAACCCAAUUACUUUUUUACACUGAUAAAAGUUUUGAUAUUUAUUUUUUGCCAUUUUAUGUCUUAAUGGUAUCCUACUGAGCAUUUGCACCUCUGUUUAUUUCACACAGUGAAACGCAAUUUUAUCUAGUUUGCACUAUAUGAUCAGUGUUACUGCCUAUAAUAUUCUAAGACAAGACAAGCCCUGAUGUGACAUUCCAUGACAACAAGCAUAUGCUUUUUCUGUUUUGUUUAAAUGCAGUGAAGUUUUGCUAACUACAGUGACCCUCAAAUCUUAAAUCUCGAAUGCUAGGCCAGGUGGAUUCUUUCUACAACAAAUACUGUACCCCUUCAUACCAUAUUUAUUAUUUUAAUGAUCAUAUCACAGUUUUGGUAACGGUAUUCUGCAUUCCAGUGGAGUGGAUGAGCAGUGUUCAUCCUUUCUUGGCAAAAUGUGGCAGGUGGUUAUUAGCUACAGUGAAGGUGUAAUAGCCUUGUGGAGCUGAAACAAUUAUUUCUGUAUUGUUUCAAAUUGCUGUUUUGUACACUUACAGGCCUAAGACUUGCUUCACAUGGAAUAUAUAAAUUACACACAAUAUAAUUAUAAAUUAGAUGCAAUUCAUAUGUGGGACGCAGUGACAGGUUUUGAAUUUACAAUUUCAAAGUUUCCCCAUGUAUUCAGAAAAAUGUCGAUUUUAGUUUUUAACCAGCCCUACGAUGGGAAAGUAUUUUGGUUUUAUUCUCAUCAGAGCCAAUACAGUGAGAAAUCUACUACAACCCAACAUCAGACCUGUUUUCAGAUAUAUUGAAGGUAGCAAUAUUUUACAUUACUAAGCUAUUCAAUAUUUUAAACACAUUAAUUUCCUCACUAUUUCUUUAAUAUGACCUCACACCUAAUGGUAUGUUACAUGAUGACAGGCGUUUCUUAAUUUCAUAACUGUUAGAUGCCAUUUUUACAGGUGUGUAAUUUUCAUACUUUAGUGCUAAAACAUAAAGUACUGAUCCAUAUUUACUGGUGAAGCAAACUAAUAAAAAAACUACCUAUA